GCCGUGUAAACAGCAGGAACAGAAUGCGGCUCUCCCGUGGGCAGCGGGCACAUUGCUGUGUGGGGAGGGGAGGAUGCAUUGCGCUGCCGUGUGACUGACUGCCUCUCUACCUACCCCGAGAGUGAGGCUGUGUGUAGGGCAGGGCAGUCCCCUCCCCCGGAUGUGUGCAUGUUGGUACGCUCUUCCAGGCUGUGCUAGGAUUCGGGGCUGUGCGGGUACCCGGCGGGCGCUGUGAGUUUCACUUGUGGAGGACAUGCCGACACAGAGGGACAGCACCAUGUCCCAGCCCGCUGAUCACUCCCACCAAGUCCGGGUCAAGGCGUACUUCAAAGGAGACAUCAUGAUUACCCAUUUUGACCCCAGCAUCACCUUCGAUGGGCUUUGUACCGAGGUGAAGGAGAUGUGCGCCUUUGACAAUGAGCAGCUCUUCACAAUGAAGUGGAUUGAUGAAGAAGGAGACCCAUGCACUGUGUCCUCACAGCUUGAGCUAGAAGAAGCUUUCCGGUUGUAUGAACUGAAUAAAGAUUCGGAGCUGCUAAUUCACGUUUUUCCCUGUACACCUGAGAGGCCUGGCAUGCCCUGCCUAGGAGAGGACAAGUCCAUCUAUCGACGCGGAGCAAGAAGGUGGCGAAAACUAUACUGUGCAAAUGGACAUACCUUCCAAGCCAAGAGAUUUAACAGACGAGCACACUGUGCCAUCUGCACUGACCGAAUAUGGGGGCUAGGACGGCAAGGUUACAAGUGUAUCAACUGCAAGCUGCUGGUUCAUAAGAAAUGCCACAAACUUGUUAGCAUUGAAUGUGGGCGACACACGAUAGCAGAACCAAUUAUACCUAUGGAUACACCAAGCAUGAAUCCACAAGUUGAUCCAGAAUCCACCUAUAGGCAUAGGAGCCAGAAUAGUAUAGACCAGGAUGGUGAAGAGAAAGAGGCAAGGAACAGCAGGGACAGUGAGAAGCCCCCCUCCAGCCUUGGAUUGCAAGAUUUUGACCUGCUCAGAGUUAUUGGAAGAGGAAGCUAUGCCAAGGUCCUAUUGGUGAAGUUAAAAAAGACAGAGCGUAUCUAUGCAAUGAAGGUGGUGAAAAAAGAACUCGUUAAUGAUGAUGAGGAUAUCGACUGGGUUCAAACAGAGAAGCAUGUGUUUGAACAAGCCUCAAACCACCCUUUCCUUGUCGGGCUGCACUCAUGUUUCCAAACAGAAAGCAGACUCUUCUUCGUUAUUGAAUAUGUAAACGGAGGAGAUUUGAUGUUUCACAUGCAGCGUCAAAGGAAACUUCCAGAAGAACAUGCCAGGUUUUACUCUGCAGAAAUCAGUCUGGCAUUAAACUACCUCCACGAGCGAGGAAUUAUUUAUAGAGAUUUAAAGCUGGACAACGUCUUAUUGGAUUCUGAAGGGCACAUAAAGCUUACGGACUAUGGCAUGUGCAAGGAAGGUCUACGGCCAGGAGACACGACUAGUACGUUCUGUGGUACACCAAAUUACAUUGCCCCUGAAAUCCUGCGUGGAGAAGAUUAUGGUUUCAGUGUGGACUGGUGGGCACUAGGUGUCUUGAUGUUUGAGAUGAUGGCUGGUCGGUCUCCGUUCGACAUUGUGGGGAGUUCAGACAAUCCAGACCAAAACACUGAGGAUUUCCUUUUUCAAGUUAUUCUUGAAAAACAGAUUCGUAUACCCAGAUCUUUGUCAGUGAAAGCAGCAAGUGUUCUCAAAAGCUUUCUGAAUAAGGAACCAAAGGAUCGCCUUGGCUGCCAUCCGCAGACGGGAUUCGCUGAUAUCCAGGGACACCAGUUCUUUCGCAAUGUUGACUGGGAUCUGAUGGAGCAGAAACAAGUGGUUCCACCCUUCAAACCUAACAUAUGUGGAGAAUUUGGUUUGGAUAAUUUUGAUGCACAGUUCACCAAUGAGCCUGUUCAACUCACGCCUGACGAUGAGGAUGUGGUGAGAAAGAUUGACCAGUCAGAAUUUGAGGGUUUUGAAUACAUCAACCCGCUUUUAAUGUCUGCAGAAGAAUGUGUAUGAUGGACGCUACAGUUCUGUACGUUGCUGCUGCCACUGCAGUGCCUGGGCCUCUUUCUAUUGCACAUAGACCAUCACUGUACUGGCACCCAGCCUGACAUAUGGCCGGGCACUACUGUACACCAAGGAAUUUCUAUCUCCCUGUUACUAUAAUGCCAUGUAUUUAUCAUAUGGACAUAAACUGUGAACAUUUUCACACACUAUAAGCAGGAUGUGAAUACAUUUUUGCCAUUUGCUUUCUUUCUUACAUGUCUUGUUGCUUAUAGAAGUAUUGGAUACUUCUUCAUUUUGUUCAGGACCUGAAUGUAAUGGCAUUUCACCUUCCUUUGGAAUGAAGCUGAAUGGUCUCUCAGAUGAGAUUGAACGCCAAAAAAUAUGGCGACAUGCCAGCAAUGUGUCCUUUAGCGAGGUUAAUCCAUUUCUGCUUCUAGCCUACUAAAUGGGGUAUAUAUAACAUUGGGUGUCGGAAACUAAGAAAAUCGGAGUAUUUCAUCAGUGAUUCAGUCCUGGGCUGUAUAAUUUUGUAGUCUGUUGGAAAUGACCCGCCGUGUCACCAAGCCGAGCUUUCCAUGCGAUAUCCAUGCCGGUAUUGUCAUAUGUAAUACGUGGGGGUUGUGCUUCAUAUACAGGUUGGCAUCAUAUGACUAGUUCAGUCUGCUAGGUAAGGCUUGCAUAUGUCAUUCUAUUCCAUGUCAGUGGUUGAUAAAGGGAACACUAGUAGGAAAGUGAGUUUACUGUAAAUGUAUAUUGGUGCCAAAUUCACUACUGAUGUAUUAUUUUGUGGCAGACAUGCUGCAUGCCUUUCUUAAGUGAGCUUAUUAUAUGAAUGGCUAUGUUUUCUUCUGCGAGAUCAGCUUAUAACCUGCGUUGCUACAUUUUUAUAGUGUUCCUAGAGAUAGUAUAUACUAAUUGCAUUCAUUCACCCGUUUUCAUCUGUGCUUCAAUUUUUACAUUGGGCUGAGAUAACAUAAGCUUUUGAGAUUCUGGCUCUACAAUGAUGCAGUGUGUGAGCUCAGAGGCCUGGCGAUUCCGGGGUUUGCAUACAUUGGCUAUCCUGUGUAUCACUGAUGGAGAAUGCAAGCUAUGUCCGCAUCAUUACUGUGCACAGCAUGUUAGAUUUCUGGUCUCUGACUACUUGGGGGGAGGGAAGUAUUCCCAUCAAACAUGGUAUUUUCUCUAUUUUAAUCUGUCAGAUUUCCAACAGAAGUGUUAAUGAGUUUCCCUAAAUAGUGCCACAGUUCCUAGACGUGUGCGGCAUGCUGACUUCAUUAAUGCAGCAUUAAUAAACAUGCUUAGUACAUGACGAGCUUUCUUUUGUUUGCUUGGUCAGACAGCCUGACAAGAUAUUGAUUGUGAUGUGUUAGGUUAGGGAUGGCUGCCAAGUAUAUGAGAUGUUCAGAGGAAAGCGGUGGUAAAUUGCACCUUCCAUGUUGGGUAUGAGGGUGUGCUGCUUUGCAGUCCUCCAGUACUACAUUUAAAAUGGGAUUAUUUCACCAUUUAUUGAACUUGUUGAUUUUGCUCUAAGUAGCUUUACAUUUCAUGCCGAGCACUCAACGUCUAAUGCAGUGACACUGAAGAUCUCAUCUGUCACUGAGGGUGAUAAAUGACUACAAACUGGAAAUUCUUGCAGCAUGUGGAUAACCUUUUUUAAGAAGCCCCAAUCAUCUAACACAGGGAUGCCCAAUAUGUGGCCCUCAAGCUGCUGCAAAACUACAACUCCCAGAAUGCCCAGACAUCCUCCAGCUAUCAGUCUACAGCAGGGCAUGGUGGGAGUUGUAGUUUUACAACAGCUGGA